CGUCCUCUCCAGCUCAUCAUGGUGGCCUCCCGGGCAAUUGGCAGCCUCAGCCGCUUCACUGCCUUCUGGAUCCUCCGGUCCCGAGGUUAUAUUUGCCGAAACUUUACAGGGUCUUCUACUUUAUUGACCAGAACCCACAUUAAUUAUGGAGUUAAAGGGGAUGUGGCAGUUAUUCGAAUUAACUCACCCAAUUCAAAGGUAAAUACGCUGAGUAAAGAAGUGCAUUCAGAGUUCAUAGAAGUAAUGAAUGAAGUCUGGGCUAAUGAUCAAAUCAGAAGUGCCGUCCUUAUCUCAUCAAAGCCAGGCUGCUUUAUUGCAGGUGCUGAUAUCAACAUGUUAUCUGCUUGCAAGACUCCUCAAGAAGUAGCACAAAUAUCACAGGAAGCACAGAGAACAUUUGAGAAACUGGAAAAGUCCACAAAGCCUGUCGUGGCUGCCAUCAGUGGGUCCUGCUUAGGAGGAGGACUUGAGCUUGCUAUUUCAUGCCAAUACAGAAUAGCAACAAAAGAUAGAAAAACAGUAUUAGGUGCCCCUGAAGUCUUGCUGGGGAUCUUACCAGGAGCAGGAGGCACACAAAGGCUGCCCAAAAUGGUGGGUGUGCCUGCUGCUUUUGACAUUAUGCUGACUGGUAGAAACAUUCGUGCAGACAGAGCAAAGAAAAUGGGACUGGUUGACCAGUUGGUGGAACCCCUUGGACCAGGAUUAAAACCUCCAGAGGAACGAACAAUCGAAUACCUAGAAGAAGUUGCAGUUACUUUUGCCAAAGGACUAGCUGAUAAGAAGAUCUCUCCAAAGCGAGACAAGGGAUUGGUGGAAAAACUGACUGCAUACGCCAUGACCAUUCCAUUUGUCAGGCAACAGAUUUAUAAAAAAGUGGAAGAAAAAGUGCGAAAGCAGACCAAAGGCCUUUAUCCUGCACCUCUGAAAAUAAUUGAUGUAGUAAAGACUGGAAUCGAACAAGGAAGCGAUGCUGGUUAUCUCUCUGAAUCUCAGAAAUUCGGAGAGCUCGCAAUGACCAAAGAAUCAAAGGCCUUGAUGGGACUUUACCAUGGUCAGGUUCUGUGUAAGAAGAAUAAAUUUGGAGUUCCACAGAAGGAAGUGAAGCAUCUGGCUAUUCUUGGUGCAGGGCUCAUGGGAGCUGGCAUUGCCCAGGUCUCUGUGGAUAAGGGGCUAAAGACUAUACUUAAAGAUGCUACGCUCACUGGGCUGGGCCGGGGACAGCAGCAAGUGUUCAAAGGCUCCUCUGAUGAAGACAUCCAGUACCGCCUGUUGACAAGAUUUGUGAAUGAGGCAGUCAUGUGCCUGCAGGAAGGGAUCUUGGCCACACCUGCAGAGGGAGACAUUGGAGCAGUCUUUGGGCUCGGCUUCCCACCUUGUCUUGGAGGGCCUUUCAGAUUCACAGAUCUGUACGGUGCUCAGAAGAUAGCAGACCGGCUCAGGAAGUAUGAGGAUGCCUAUGGAAAACAGUUCACCCCAUGCCAGCUGCUAAUUGACUACGCCAACAAUCCUAACAAGAAGUUCUACCAGUGAGUGGGGCUUUUGCCCCGCCGAGUUGGCGCACUAGCCCCAGCUGCCAGCAGUGCUGGUUCUCUAUCAGAGUGGUGUCCAGACUUCAUCAGAGUAACCAGAAGGAAGAUGAACUCGGACAUUGGGUUUGCUCUUUGCUCAAAGUGCCUUCAGCCAUCUCUCCCUCUUGAUGAAGUCUGUGAAAUAGAGUUUACACUUCAUGUUGGAAGGUGGAACCCACCAUGCUCAUUUUAUAAGCCCCAAGGCCCAGAAUGGCAGCAUAGAGCCAUCUGGAGCUGUCUUUGCUGCCUGCUCCUCCCUGGAGGCCUGGGUGGCCUAUGGUGGUGAGGACAAACAUACAUAACAAUAAAAACCAAGC